GACAUCUAUAUAGACACUACACCUUCAUAUCUUACUGGUUCGCCAAAACACAUGGUAUCGGCAUAGACACUUAUUUAUACGACAUCCAUACAUUCACUUCAGAGUUUACAACAGUUCCCCAACAAAAUGGCGGCGGUGCAACGCACAAUACAAGUCUUCCAGCGCAAUGCAAAGCUGCACAGCCUUACAACGGCCGUCCUCGCCGUCCGCCCGUUCGCCUCGUUGCAAGACGCCGACAAGGCUCUUUACAAGGCUGCACAGGAAGGCGACGAAGUCGUCGUUACGGAGGAGACAAUAUUCCACCCACAAGGCGGCGGCCAGCCGUCUGACGAGGGCACCAUCAAGAGCGAAGAUGGUUCGUCGCAAUUCGACGUCAAGCUCGUGCGCAUGAGCGCCACGGCAGAGGGAGAGGUUCUGCAUUUCGGCCGUUUCGGUGGAGCCGGUGCGCAUUUCAAGGCCGGUGACAGCGUCACGCAGACAAUCGACUCGGAGAAGAGGCUGCUCUACUCGCGCUACCACACGGCCGGCCAUGUCCUCGGGUCUGCGGUGCGGCACUGCGCGCAGGACUCGGUGCCUGGAUUCGACGAGCUUAACGCGGAUCAUGCGCCGGGCAUGGCGGCGUGUAAUUUUGCAGGCGUGCUCGAGGGCAAGUGGAAAGAGACUUUCCAGGCCAAGCUCGACGAGUACAUUGAGAAGGACAUGCCGGUCGAGAUUGAGUGGUGGGACGAGGGCGACUUCAAAUCCCACGGCCUCGAGCGGCUGAUCCCAGACAGGAAGGCGCUGGGCAUGACGGACACGGAGAAGUUUAGGAUAGUCACAAUCGUCGGGGCCGAGUCUUAUCCUUGUGGCGGAACACACGUCGAGUCGACGAAGCUCUGCGGCAAGACGACUGUGAGGAAAAUUGGCAGGUCCAAGGGGACUAGUAGAGUGAGCUAUGCUCUGGCUUAGGCUGGUAUCAUCAUAGAUUGUUUUCAGGACAGUUUUUUCAAAUGGUUUUUAUAGAAUUAUAGAUACAGAACCAAUAUCAUUCCAUCCCCUAUGGGAAGAAGAGCUCGCGACGUUGUCAUUACUCCCAUCUUGGCGGGCAGUUAUGAACCUUUCCAGCCUCUUUUGCCUCGCAAUAAGCAAACGUUGAGACAAACCUGGCAGCUCAACUAUAGGCGACCAUCCUCAAACAACGCUCAUAUGACUCCAUGGAGCGAAGAGGUAAAGAAACACCUUUCCCAAAACGGCAGAAUUGCCAUGUUCAUGGUAAUUUAAC